CGAUGCAUUAACGCAGCUGCAACAUUCCGAGAAUCAUCGGGGACCAUCGCUUUUUUGUUUUGAUUUGAUUUGAUUAUCAAGAAUACGCGUGAGUAUCUUGAUUAUCUAGAGUUGUAGGGAUUAUUCCAGCGCGUAGAAACAGAGAUAGGAAACUGGUGACUUCAGUAGCGUAGCGUUCUCAUUUGAUUUUCAGUGAGUGAUGCAUCUGCUCGUGCCGAUAUUGGCCAUCGUGUUGGCCACCUGUCACGCGUUCGUGCCCAACGUGCUGCGUAAGUGCCAAUUUUUUUCCCCCUCACAGAUCAUUCGAUUUCAGCCGCGUUAAUGAGGAGAAAAUUCGUUUGUUCGUGGCAAAGAAGCCGAGGCAUACGAUGCGUAUGCCGGUGGAAUAAGUCUCUGCGGUUUCCUCGAGAAAUUCAAGGAGUCGAUCAAGAACGGGAAUCAGAAGCUCGGCAUCCCCGUUCUCGAUCCUCUGAGAGUGAACCAUCUGGACCUGAAUGUCAACAAGGAAGAGCUUUUAUUGCAAGGAUACCUGAACAAUAUACACGCGAUAGGUUUGUCCAACUACGUGGUAAAUCGAGGCGAUUUCUCGAUCGUUGGUCUUAUAGCCAACGUGAGUCUUUUGUUUAAUCAGAUCGACCUUAUGACCGAGUACAAUGUGAAAGGAACUCUCAUGAAUAAGAUUUCCUUGUACGGACAUGGAAAUAUCGCCCUCGACAUUAGGAAACUGAAUGUGUCGGUAAACUUACAACUAAGCACCGUGGACCAGAAGAUCCAAGCUAAAAACGUGGUAUUGAACGUCCAUGUCAAAGAAUUCAACUUGAAGAUAACCGGAUUAUUCGACGACGAAGAUUUGUCCGCGACUUUGAGCAAAGCAAUCUCAGAUAUACUACCUGGUAUCAUCGACGAUUAUCAAAGCGAAAUAUCCAAGAAAGCGAGUUCGAUUGUUGAGAACCUAUUGAAUCAAUUUCUGAAAAAAUUCACGCUCAAGGACUUGCUGGACAUAAUUAAAGGCUAGCGUCGACAAUUGGAAAUAUUUCUUCGAUUUCGUCUGACGAAUAAAAAAAUGAAGUAAAGAUAGAUCUCUGUUUAUUGCUUUGGUCCCCACGGAUACAAACGAUAAAAGAAGAAGUCCAAGUCACGAGCAACGGCGGAAGUUGAACUCGGGGAAACUCUUUCCAAUCUUUAACUGCGGCUCUUUUCUUUGAUCGUUGUGUCGAUACGAUACGAUUGAGGAACGUUGCAAGAAACGAGAAUUCGUCGACGACCGAUAAAUUCUCUGGUUUCCUUGCUCGCUGUUUCGAUUCAUCCGUCACGUUUCCCAGACUGAUGUAAAUCCCCUAAAUCCGCGGAGCACUUCUGACCGACGUCAUUAGUUAAAAAUCGAUGGGAAGGAAACGAAUGCAUCGACCGAGGAUAAAAGGACCAAUGAAAAACGAAUGUAUUUCCUAUUCUUAUUUUCCACAUAUUCGGAAGAUAAAUCUCUUGCCAUGGUGAUUAAUUGAAUCGUUUAAAGAUUUCCUUGUUACCGACUGUAAAAGAACGAGGAUUUCGAGCAUCAAUCCGUCCCACCAUGCGACCCACUCUCUCUGAUGAUUCUUUUUCUUUGAUCACUGUGAAAGUAUGUCGUAACUCUUACAGAAGACAGCACGACAGUUUUUUUCCCUCGUCGAGUUUUCAGUUACAGUAAUUCCCAGUUAAGCGUCCAUAGUGGGCGCUUAAACGGGCAGGUGUAUUCCGCCCAACUGGCACCGAGGCGAUGUCAACUGUUUCACCAAUAUUGUAUCAUCAUAUAUAUUGCUUGUUUCGCGCAAGAAUUUCACGUGUAUUCACGCGUGAAACAGUUAGAGUGGGGGAGACGCUUAACUGGGGAAAAGCGGUGGCAGAGGGGGGGGAAGGUUCGAGACGAAGGAAAAUGGACGCUUAGUUCGAAACUUAAUUCCCGCGAUAGAGUACGCGCGGGGGGGGGGGAUGAGGAGCGGUAGGAGGAGGAGGGAGAAUGGUUGGGAGGAUUCGAGGAAAAGCAGUCGAGGUGGAAGGUGGAAAUAAGCGGCAGAACGGACAGCUGACAAUUACAGUGGCAGUGGAAUAAGCGAAAACGGCUUCCACCGAGGGACACCUGUGAAUCUCACGAAAGUAAAAACGACCGGUACACCGUCUAAGGACUAAUCUCGUAACGGCGGCUUCUUUUUUUCACGGCGUUCGGGGCCGCUCGACACCCGGUAUGUACACGCCGGGAACGCUUGUCAGUGGCGUGUGCUGCCGUGUAAUUACGGAUUCUUGGUAAAGCAAGGAAAACGGCCAACAUACCGUCAGGCGUUUCUCAUUUCCGUUGAA